AUAGUAACACUAGACGUCCUCAAGAAUUAUCUGCAUUGGCCUCAAAUUUGAAUGUUGCUUGAAGAAUGGCUCCAAAAUCGGAUUUUGUGCCAAAAUCAACUUUGGGAAUCCUUCCGCCAAAAUCUAGACACCUUGGCCACAAGUUGACUACGAAUUUGUGGUUGGAGGAGAAAAAAGAAACUGAUGGUGCUGAAGGGCUAUGGAGAGUACACAAUGACCUCUAUGACUUGAGUGAAUUCAUCCAGAAACAUCCAGGUGGCUCUGAAUGGUUGCAGCUUACAAAGGGUCAUGACAUCACAGAAGCCUUCGAAGUCCACCAUCUCACCGACCAACCGGAGGAAAUUCUCCGUAAAUACUUCGUGAGAAAAGCAAAAGGUCCCAGAAACGCCCCAUUUUCCUUCGAUGAAAACGGAUUUUACCGCACCCUGAAAAAAGAAGUGAAACCGCUCCUGAAAACCCUGCCAAAACAAUCGAUGAACACCACCAAUUUCUUCAGUGAUUCCUUGGUGGUACUCACGUUUCUUUUCAGUACCUUGGCAGUACGGUACUGGAGCUUUGGACUAGGAAUUUUGGGGGGAAUUUUACUCAGCAUGCUUACUAUAGCAGCUCAUAAUUACUUCCAUCGAAGAGACAAUUUCAGGAUGCACUACUUCCAGUUUUCAUUUUUUACUGUCAGAGAUUGGAGGAUAAGUCAUGUUUUGAGUCACCAUCUCCACACUAACACUAUAGAUGAUCUCGAAAUAUCUGCAUACGAGCCCUUCCUACAGUACUUGCCAACAGACAAAAACAAAAUACAGACUUAUGGUUCCAUGUUGUUAGCUCCUUUCAUGUGGAUGUCUCUUUUCCAUUUCACUCUUAACAAAAGGAUCCAAGAUGCCAUAAAGUACAAUUUCAAAAAUAUGAAAAUCACCGAUCUGAUCACACUCACAUUACCAACAUUCAUGUGGAUAUUUGGUGGACAAUCGCUUCUUGCUACUUUUGGAAUGUACAAUUUUGUAAUGGUAAUGGCGUCUUUACAUUUUGGUUUUGUCGGUUUGCAUGCAGCUCAUCACCAUCCUGAUAUCUUCCAUGAUGGAGACACCCCAAGAGCAACUACAAACUACGAUUGGGGGCUGAGCCAACUGGAUGCUGUGAUGGACCGCAAGGAAAUAUCGGGCAACCAUUUUCUGGUUCUCACCAAUUUUGGUGACCAUGCUCUACAUCAUCUUUUCCCGACUUUGGACCAUGGAGCUCUGGAACAUCUCUAUCCUACAUUUGAGGAGGUCCUUGGGAGGUUCAAUGAAAAUCUGAGAAUUGUUUCUCAAUGGGAUACUAUCAAAGGAGGUUAUCAACAGCUGAAGAGGGUGGAACCUAACCCUAGUCCUCCUGAGUUGAAGAAAUAUGCGAAGAGGGGGUGAUUUUUUGGGGAAAAUGAAAAUUCACAUAGACAGAUGGUCUGCUUUCGAUAUUGUUACAUUGUUGCAUUAAAAUUUCGAAGUUUUUAUAU